UGGAGCAAACACGCGGUUCCGUGUGCGUUUCAGUCUGUCCGCGGAGGCCUUUAAACUACGCCCACAUCAUUUCGCCCCGCUUUUAGCACACAGCCACACACCCCAACCCACGGGAACCGAACGGACCUCUGUCACGCAAUAUCUUCAAUCGCAUCUCAUACGGGUCAUGACGCUGGAAGCGAUCCGGUACCGGUCCGGGUCUCUGCAGAUCCUCAACCAGCUGCUGCUGCCGCACGAGACCGUGUUCGAUGAGAUCCGCUCGGUGCGGGACGGAUACGAGGCCAUCAAGAGUAUGAAGGUGCGCGGCGCUCCUGCUAUCGCCAUCGUGGGGUGCCUGAGCCUUGCAGUGGAGCUGCGGGCUGGGGCCGGGGGUGACGACCUCGUUUCCUUUAUCAGGGACUCUCUGUGUCACCUGACGUCCGCUCGACCUACGGCGGUCAACAUGGGUCGAGCCGCCCGCGAGCUGAUGGAGUUCACAGAGAACGAGAGCAUGGAGAAAAACACAGAACAACUGAGAGAGAGUGUGAUUGGCUGGAUUGAGGAGAUGCUGGAGCGAGACGUGAACGACAACAAAAAAAUCGGGAAUUACGGCGCCCAGCACAUCCUGUCGGGAGUUCCACGAGAUUCCGUUACAGUCCUCACACACUGUAACACCGGAAGUCUGGCUACGGCAGGAUACGGCACAGCUCUCGGAGUGGUACGGUCGCUGCACGCACUCGGCCGUUUGAAGCGUUUGUACUGCACAGAAACGAGGCCUUACAAUCAAGGGGCCAGACUCACGGCAUACGAAGCCGUCGCGGAGGGAUUCCCCGCCACCCUCAUCACAGACAGCAUGGCUGCGCUCGCCAUGAGGGAAAAGGGAAUCACAGCUGUCGUUGUCGGAGCAGACAGGGUCGUUGCCAACGGCGACACGGCGAACAAAGUGGGCACGUAUCAGCUGGCUAUCGCCGCAAAGCAUCACGGUGUACCGUUUUAUGUGGCGGCGCCCAGCACGUCCUGUGAUUUGAGUUUGGAGAGCGGUCGUGACAUCGUGAUUGAAGAACGUCCACCCGAGGAACUCACCAGCAUCAAUGGAGUUCCUGUAGCAGCACCCGGUAUCGACGUUUGGAACCCAUCGUUUGACGUAACCCCUCACCAGCUGAUCACAGGCGGCAUCAUCACCGAGCUCGGUGUGUUCCUGCCGUCCGAACUCCAGGCCGCUCUGACGGGCAGACUCACCGCUCUAUCUGAUCUGGGAUCAGUGCUGUGAUAUGGUCAGGGCUUCUGCUCCGUGUUACUGAAUGUAACCCUCACUGCCUUACGAGACCAGCACAAACACACCGCCCACUGAUGUCUGAUUGGCUGCCUGAGACGGAGCAACGCCCCAUCUCAGAGCUAUGCUGCCACCUAUGGCUCUUUGAAAGCAACAUAGCAACAAGAUCAUAUACAUCUAUGAAAAUAAACAGGAUUUAUCUAAUUCUUAAUGUUCCACGCAUCAUUUUUUUCUGAUUAAAGGAAUAGUUCACCCCGAAAUGAAAAUUAGCGUAUGUUUUACUCCUCUUCAAGCCAUCCUAUGUGUACAUUACUUUUUUCUUAAAGCCAAACACAGUCUGAGUUAUAUUAAAUAAUAUCUUGACUCUUUUCAGCUUUAUAAUGGGAUUGGAUAGUGCCCCAUUCUUAACCUGACCUCACGGCAUAGUUUAUAAAGUUUGAAUUAUAAAUAUUUCCUUACAAAAUUCAUCGCUUUGCCUCGGAAAACAUGUAAUAACCGUAUGGAUUAGUUUAUGAUGGUUGAGUGCUGUUUUUGUAGCUUUAAAAGUGUGACAUUAGAAAAGCUAACAAGAUCUAUUAAAUAAAAUAACUCAGACUGUCUUUUGCUGAAAGUUAAAAGUCAUGUACACCUAGGAUGGCUGGAGGGGGGUAAAAUAUGAGUAAAUUUUUUAUUUUGAAAUGAACUAUUCUUAAAAUGUGGGUGAUAGCUUCAGAUCACACAUGGUUUUGAAUGGAAAUAUUUAUUUUUAUGGUUUAAUCUGUCUAAGUGAAGAGAUGUAGCAUCAAAACACUCGGAGCAGCUGUAAAUGUGUCAAUUAUUUUUCACCAUUAUAAAAUCCUCUUAUUUUGUCAUAAUACAGCUCGGAGAAAAACAUCUUUUUGACAGAUUAAUUUGAAUAUCGGACUGAAACUAUGAAUGUGGAAGUAUGGAAGAGUCAUUCUAAAGAAGUAUGCAUAUGAUGUAUGCAUUAAAUGUAGCAUUGUUAUAGACCAUGCGUGUAGUUUUGUAAUGUUCUGGAGGUACGAGGUUUUGUUCGACUUCACAUCAUGUUUUUGUUUUUUGACUCUGUGAGCUGUUGAUUUCUUUUAUGUAUAUUUAUACACUGUAUAUCCAUAAAUUGUGAUUCUUGGUGAUGAAACUGUUGUUUAAAAGCUUUUAUUGAGAGGACCUCUAUAGACAGGACAGGCCACUCUGAAAGGUAGAGAAUGAAUGAAUUCUAGUUUUGGAUCUAGAAAAUUCAAAGAUUGCACAGAUUCAACUUACAAAAGUAUUAAAUAAUAAAAAGCUAGAUUUGUUCAGUCUGGCUUUGAAACACUUAACACGCAUGGCAUUGCUCGUGUACUAUAGACGCUAUCUAACAAGUGGCCAGUUUACAACUAGGCUGUUAAGCCGAAGCUGUGAACUUGCAUAGAUUAUCGGUCGUAGUCAGAAAAUGAUAGCAAUAGAUUGAGUGUUUUUAUUUGACGCCAGAAAAUCUAAAUACGGAAAGAUGCAUGCAUAGACAAAGCUAAAGGCUUCAGAUCUGCUUCAUAGUUUUAGUUUGCUCAUAUUUUUUUCAUGUGCUUUAGUGUUGUGUGAUAAACUUCUCACAACAUCUGGUGCCAAAACGACAAUGUGACUGUGAGUUUGUGACCGAUGGGAAAUGUGAUGAGUGGACCGAUGUCAGUCUGUGAGGACCUCUUUGUGUUUCUGUUCUUACUACUCUGAUUGAUAAUAAUCACAACUUGGUUUGAUUUUGUAUUCUGUGGAAAUAGUUGAAGAAAAACUAUUAGGCUGGAUGUUUUUUAUACAUAUAAAUAUAAUGCUGUAUACAACAUGCAUAAAUUGAGAUGUCUCUUCCACAUCAGAACAAUAAACAGAGAGAACCAAACAUU